UGCCCAAUCAAGGCGUCAACACGUACAAAGUUGUCUAACCUGUUUACUUGUUAGCAAUUUUUUUUUUUAACUUUAGUGACUUGGUCAGACAGGUUCCUUCAGCUGGCUUUGUGCUCCUUGUUGGCCACGCAAGAAAUAAGGCAUGUCUUGGCAAUGGGAAGAAGACAAUGAGGUGCUGCUGGGAGAUGUCGCGUUCAUCUUGGACUUGUGCAAGGAGCUGUCCAAUGUGGUGGCGAGGCCCAGCUCCCACAGGGCUGGCUUUCUGCAGGUCUACAAGCAGGUGAGGCUUUUGGAGGAGAUGGUGCUGGCAGUCAAGCGGCGGCCCGAGAUGGCCACGCCCGAAAUCCGGAUGGCCCUCGUGGACGUGGGUCGUUGUCUGUCCAAUGCCAGGGACUUCACAAGCAAAGUCUCCACAGCCAAUUCCGUGGCGGGCUUCCUCAAGACCAGCUCGGAUGGGUCCAAGCUCCAGGAAAUCAGCUGGAAGCUGAGUGAGGCUGUGCAGGAGCUGUCGGCGGCGCUGGAGAGCAGCAACCUCCGGUCCUCCGGGUUGCGCGGCAAAGAAAGCGCAGAUGUCGGGUGGGUUGCGUUCACCUCGGCCACGUCGUCGCGUCGCUCCGUCCCCGUGUUCCGCCACGCCGUGGCGGUGCGUCCCCCUCUGAUGGUUCUGGAGCGGCCCCCCGUCAGCAUGGUGUGCUCCACCGUCAUCAGCUCCAACCGUCCCCCCACUCGCGUUACCCUCAACCUGGCACGACGUUACACCUCAAUGCCGACGGCGUUCUUGAUGAGUGGCUCCUUAGCACCGCGUGGGUGUACCUUUGACCCACACUAUUUCUAAUGUGCUGGUCCUCAACGUAUUUUUUUUUUCUCUCCUCCCUGUGGAAGUCCAAGGCCAAUGCGCGUGCGCGCGCACGCGCCCCCCUUUUGCUGUAUCCUCUUCCAAGUCAGCUGCAAAUCUUCUCACCUCCGCCCUUCUCUUUGCCUUGAGCAAAGUCUUUUUGAUGGUGCAAUUAAGUCCUUAAGAGACAAAAGGUGAUCACGUGUUUUUGUGUUGGGGCGAGUCUGAUUCGGCACAAUUGGGCAUUGGACGUGUGCCAUGCUGGGUGCUUUCUUUGACAUACCUGACAUUUCAUUUGGUGACUCACUUUUGUGCUCUUUACUGUUUUGAUGUUCUUCCUUUUCUCAGUCUUUGCUGUUGCUAAAAUAGGAUCCGAGUGGGCAUCUCUGUGAGGGGCCAACAUUGCAUGCUGGUGUGUCUUUGAGGUUGUUGCGUUUUGUCCGUCGUUGAGCAAGGAAAACAAAGAUUGGUUCUUUAUUUGUUUGGCUGAGCCAGUGUGUUUGUUUGUGAGGCUUCCUCCUUCAAACGUCUUUCUUGUGUUUUUGAGUUGCAAACGUGUCUUUCAUUUGAAAGGUGUCAAAGUGUUGAUGUGUAGAGAUCAAAUGUCUGAAGCACUUGAUUUUUGGAAUCUCUGA